AUGUCACCAUCAUGCCGGCCUUCAAGCUCUGUCAUUGCGACGACGUCAAUUUACCAUUUGCCACCAACGUGCGUCGCAAAAGCCGCUGCGUUGUUGCGUGGUCAUCCAGAUCAUUUGGAAUCUUAUUUGUGCCAGCAAUACAGCGUGCAGGCGUUAUGGCGGCAAGGCGUAGAGAAAGCAGAGGUCAUUGCGGCCUCACGUGAUGUAACUCCAACGAAUGAACCGCAUCAAUCACCGCGAACGCGGUAUGUCAUGCAACUUUUAGGACAAGUGAUUUGGGAGGCCGAGCUGUGUGCGAGCACUUCGCAGAGCCAGGCUGAUUUGUUUGAGCGGGCUACGCCGCGUCAUCUUGACAGAAGCCGUGGUGUUGACCGCAGCUCAUCACCUGAAGCCAGGGUGGUUGCAGAUGGUACCUGCGUUCGGUCAAAGUUGCGCCCCAGACCUCAGUCUGCAGGUAUUCGCAAGAAAGAGAACACUGAAGAGUUUGGACUUGGGGACUUGCAGCGCUGGGAAAGCAAAGUGUCUUUUGCACUCUACAUGAAGGCGCAACACCACAAAGAGAAGCAGGAACGAGCUCGACUGAGGAAUUCGCGAAUCGAGGUCGUACGGGCCAAUAAUGCUCAUUUGAAGCAGGAGCAAGCAGAGCAGCAGCAGUCGAGAUGGCAAUGCCGCAGCAAAGAUCAUCAGGAACGUGUUGCGAGAAGCAAGGGUGCCAAGCAGGAAUUGUCGGAACUGAUGAUGAACGCAGCCGCUGUAAGACAAGCUGUUCUGGAAACGAAUCGGCGCAAACUGGUCAAAGAACAGGAGGAGUCGCGAUCGAAACGGAUUGAGCAAGAGACUCAAAGGCAACAUGAGGCAGAGCAGAAGCGUCGGGCAUUGUUGCAGGAGAAGGGUGCUGGAAGGGCCAAGUUGCGGGCAACACGGGAGAUCUCGCAUAAGCAGGCCGCACGUUUGGAGCGACGCUUCAGCUAG